GGAGAGCCUGCAGUUUCACUUUUGAGAGACGGUGUGUGCUACGCCGACAACAUGAAGGCUUUGCUGACCCUCGUCUUUUGCCUCUUACCCCUGGCUGCUCAGGGGAAAGUCUACAGCAGGUGUGAGCUGGCAGCAGCUAUGAAGCGACUCGGACUGGACAACUACCGGGGAUACAGCCUGGGAAACUGGGUGUGUGCAGCAAAUUACGAGAGCAGCUUUAACACGCAGGCUACAAACCGUAACACUGAUGGAAGCACCGACUACGGAAUUUUACAGAUCAACAGCCGCUGGUGGUGCGAUGAUGGCAAGACCCCAGGGUCCAAGAACGCGUGCGGUAUCCCAUGCUCAGUACUACUGAGAUCAGACAUAACAGAAGCUGUGAGGUGUGCAAAGAGGAUUGUCAGCGAUGGAAAUGGCAUGAACGCAUGGGUCGCAUGGCGCAACCGGUGCAGAGGCACAGAUGUCUCCAAGUGGAUCCGAGGCUGCAGGCUAUGAGGCGCAGGUGCUCAGCGGGGCCCGUUCUCAACAGCCAACAGCCCUCACACCAAGCAAACUGGUUCCUCAAGGCGCUUGUUACAGUCCGUGAUCCACACAAAAUCCAGCAUUCCUACAACGCAGCUCACUUGUGAAGCUGCUGCUUUGCUCCUUGCAGAUGAAAGGGGUUUGUUUCCACCUAUCCACCCCCUUUGUGCCCGACGCAGCUUGAACAGCCAGCUGCUGGUUUUGCUGUACGUAGGCAUGAGCAGGGAGCCGAUCUAACCGAAAUCUCACCGCUAGGUUUUGCUGCUGCAUGCUAGCAUGAUGUUUGUUACUUGCUUGGCAGUUUUAAGUGCGUUCAUCAUUAAAAAAAUACCUGCAAAUGGC